AUGCAGGAGGACGAGCCGUCGUUGAACAUUCCGUCGCUCCUGACGCUAGCGGUGGUUUCAUUCUUCGUGCUACGAUGGUUCUUGAGCCGCGAUGACGGUUCUUCCAAUGGUGGCCGGCCCCGCGCGCGAGGAAAUGCCGUGGACCCAGCUCAGGUCGAGCAGAUUUCCCAGAUGUUUCCUCAGCUGAGCAUCCGAGAAAUCAUGUGGGAUCUGCAGCGCAAUGGUGGCAGUGCUGCGGCCACAACGGAGAGGAUUCUAACGGGGCGUGGACUCGAAACGCCGCCUCCAUCUUUUCAACCUCAGAUCACGCUUCCUACCGUCAGCACUCAACCCUCCCAGCCCUCACGUGCGCCGGCAACGUCAAAAGCAGAUGCGCAAGACUUGAUAUCCCGAUAUAACUUGAGGGGACAGAUCACGACCGAAGCGGUCACAGAUACUCCAACCACCUCUGCAAGCGCCAGUGGAUGGUCGCAGAAUAAAGAAGAACGGCAGCGCUUGCUUCAAAAGCGCCGCGACGACAUGAUUCUGGCGGCGCGGAGGAAGAUGGAACAGAAGCUUCAAUCGAACCCUCAAUAA